UAUGACGUGUCUACCUGUGGAGUGACGCAUGCGCAGAAACCCACAGCGCUAUCAGGAGCAGCUGCCGCCAGGGUGAAAGAAGGCGUCUGUCCUGUUUAUCAACAGAACAGCAUUCACGACGAUGUCGGGUUUAGACAGCAACCCUUUUGCUGAUCCAGUGGAUGUAAAUCCGUUCCAGGAUGCUUCUGUCACUCAGGCCACCCGAGGAGCCAUAGAUGGCAUUAGAGAAUACAACCCUUUCGCCACAACUGAACUGACGGAUCGCACAGAUACAACCAUCCCCAUCUCAGCUGUUUCAUCUCAACCUGCCGUACUGCAAACCUCUGUCGAGCAGAGUUCACAGGUGUCUGCUACUGCCGCUGCUGGUCAAGCUAACCUGAUCAAGCAGCAACAGGAGCUGGAGAGGAAAGCAGCGGAGUUGGAGAGGAAGGAACAGGAGCUUCAGGACAGGGCAACCCACAACACUGGCGUCAAAGAGAACAACUGGCCUCCCUUGCCCAAGUUCUUUCCUGUGAAGCCAUGCUUCUACCAGGACUUUGAGCAGGAAAUCCCAGAGGAAUAUCGCAGAAUCUGCAAGAGAAUGUAUUACUUGUGGAUGUUCCAUAGUGCGACACUGUUUCUCAACAUUCUGGCCUGCCUGGCCUACUUCACUGCCGACACUCAGUAUGGUGUCGACUUUGGUCUGUCCAUCCUUUGGUUCAUACUCUUCACCCCUGUGUCCUUCGUCUGUUGGUACAGACCCGUCUACAAGGCCUUCAGGUCUGACAGCUCCUUCAGCUUCUUUUUCUUUUUCUUUGUUUUCUUCUUCCAAGCGGCUGUGUACAUCAUCCAGAGUGUGGGGAUCCCCAAGUGGGGCAACAGUGGUUGGAUUGCAUCCAUCAGUAUGAUCAGGAUAAACUUGGCUGUGGCCGUGGUCAUGAUGGUUGUGGCAGGCUUUUUCACUGUAAACGCCAUCCUCGCUGUCAUCCUGCUGAAAAUGGUCCACUCCAAAUACAGACGUACAGGAGCCAGUUUCACCAAGGCCCAACAGGAGUUCUCAAAUGGUGUCCUGACCAACAGAACCUUUCAAUCUGCCGCCACGUCAGCUGCUCAGGGGGUCUUUGGCAGGAACUAAAACAUCAGCUCUUGCCUUGUGUCCAUGCUACCUUUAGAGUAGUCUUAUAUGUGGUGCACAAAUUGUAAUAAUUAGGUUGUAAAAAGAAAAAAAAAAAACAUAACUUGACCACAAGCAUGUAGCCACAUGGUUGUGGUUUGUGUUCAACACACGAGCAAGUGAGGUAUCCAGGAAAAUGGGGUGUAUAUAAUAAUUAUAAUGUAGAAGUGAACCUCCAGGUCUUGCACAUGUUUUUAAAUGCACUCUACGGCACCCUCAUCAGUAUACAGCGCAACAUAGUAAACAAGGCUGCUUUCAGAGGUGGUGUGGGGAAUUACUAACAUAGCUCAAUUGGUCAAGGAGGCAUUGUGAAUUUCAUUACAUUGCCAUACGAGAGGUCCUUUGAUAAUAGAGGUCAACAUUAUGAACUACUUGCUGGAGCUGGGUCAAAUAGGUUUAUUUAAAUGAUGUCAAUAGUAAAAUAGGUAACUUUAUGUGAGUAAUACUGCAGGAGGUGGUUCUGGACAUGAUUGGGAAGCAGCUCAACAUUUAGUGGUCAAGGAACGAGAAAACAGUUCAUGGGGCUAUUGUCAUUUUGUUUCAUAGCUCAGCAAUUAUCUUGAGGUGAAGGAUUUGCCUCACUUGUUCUGCUCUUUUGUGUUGUGAUGGGUAAUGGAGGGGGAAACAUGAAGGACUUUGCAUACUGGGUCAAAUGAAGGGAGACAAAUACUGUAGCUGUUGACAAGCUAAAGUGAAGUUGUGGCUUUUGUGGGCAAUGCAUUUUAUGAAUGUAUUUUCAAUUGUGAAGAAUUGACGAAUUGUUUGGAGCCCUAAACGACAUGGGGUACUUUUAUUUAUUAACUGUUACUGAGAGAAUUUAGACCAUCAAGCAGCAAAGUAGAUUAAUGAGCAAAAGAACACAUUUAUCUGUCUGUUUUCAAUCCAGGGGUAAUUGUAUUACAUGACAGAAUAGAGGAGAAUAAAUACAGUCUUUAUUUUAUUGCUUGUGAAAAUACACCUGUGGUCAAAGAUUUUUGAACAUCUAGCUUUUAAAUGUUAAUUUGGCCCUAAUCCUAAUAGUGACAACUGCUUACUAAUUGCUGGAAUUUCUCAAUGUUCUAAAGUAUUUAAAGACUUUACCAAAUGGGCCACUGAUGAUAAUGACGAUGAUAAUUUGAUUCCCAUGUUGUGGUUCUCAUGUUAACUCAAAACUAAACGCCACCAUGGGACUUCUACCCCCACCUCUAUAUCAAUAAACUGCAAAUGCAAACUGUAGAUGUGUUCCGAAUACUGCUUGAUCUCUGUGUGUCUGUGUCUUGAGCGAAUGUAAACUAUCAAUUUCUGUGUGGCGAUUUUGGCACAAGGUUUGUGUUAGAUGAAAAUGUUUGAUUUUUCGCUGUGUAUUCCUCAAUUCUAAAUGCAUAUUAAACUUGUGUAUUGCUCAUCCAUUUUAAAAAUAUACUUUUAGGGUUACUGAUAGACAGCCGAUUCAAUAAAUUCUUGAUGAAAAUUGAAAGCGUGAGUUUGUAAAAGUCUAAAUACUAGGUGUAACCCAGUGGAAAAUAAGUGGUCCCUGGUGCAGUUCCACGUGACAGCGCUAGGGGUCAGUGUGCUGUUUGAGGGGUUGUUAGGCGGUUAGAUGAACGGGGAAGUGAGGGUUGGACGAGAGCCGAGUAGAAGCUAGUAAAUAUUCUAAAUAUCAUGCAUCCUUCAACAAAAUAGUUUGUAGCGGAAUAGUAAGUCUGUCCUUACAGUGUGUGGGUCUUUUUAUGUUUAGGUGGUCUUUUGGGUGCUGGUAGCACAAAACAGCAAGGAGAGCUGUUCUUUGACAAGUUGGCAGUUUGCCACAGAGUCUGCUGUCCAACGUUCAUUUCAUCAGUUAGUAAUGUAUGUAGAUUUGAAUUCUCUUUCAAGAAAUUUGACAUUUUUAUGAUUUCUAACCAUACAUUUGUAUAUCGUGUUGAGUAUAUAUCUCAAUGUGCCAACUCUUGUGUAACAAGGUAUUAAGAGGAUGCUCUUUAGUAUGUGACAGGGUAUAGAACCACUGCAGUUAUUUUAGAGAUUUCUUCCUUGACAUUGAUACCUUUUCUAAAAAUAGUCGUCAACCACCUAAUCCUAAAUUCCAGAAUAAAGAACUCCAUAAUAAUUUUGUGUCCUGUGCUUAAUAAAGCUUUGCCAGGCAACAUAGGCCUAC